AUGAAUUCCUUGGCACCUACCUAUCUCGCCCCGCCUCCACAGACGGAGAACAGCAAUUUUGCUUCGAACCCUUCGCAUCUCCAUCGUUACGUACCCUCUGUGCAACUUCCAUGCGCCAAUCAGGACGCAGACGCAUUGACGCACGACGGCAAGCAAGAUUCGGCGUCCAGCACGUAUGACGCGAAUGCGAACGGAAGACUGCUGCUGCGAAUGAAGCAUGCUGAGGAUGAGCCGCUGGAUUUGAGGACAUUGAAAGAUCCGAGCAGCGAGGCGGAAGAUGCGUCUACCGUGGCAGAGGCGGCCAUUCAUCAGCCCGAACUGGCCAUCCAACAACUUUUAGCUACUUACAAUGCAGCCAUUGCGCGCGUCAUUGCUUAUGAUGGAUUCCUGUGGUCCACUCCAGGCGUGACGUUGGCAGCUCAUGCCUUCCUCUUUAGCGUAGCUCUAGCCGGUGUCAACUCUCAAGCAGCGCGCAUCAUUUCAAUGUCCCUCAGCGUGCUCAUCAGUUUCAUCAUCCAUCAAGUAUUUGCGCGACACAGACAGUGA